AUGCCUCCGGCCAAUCUUGUGACGAGGAUCAAGGUGCAGCUGAAGCUGUCGAUUGCGCGGCUGCGGAUGGUGCAGCACCGCGACGAGGCGCUGUCCAAGGCAUCGCGGCGGGCGAUGGCGCAGCUGCUGGAGGCGGGCAAGGAGGACUCCGCGCGCAUCCGGGUCGAGAACAUCAUCCGGUCGGACAUCAGCACGGAGCUGCACGAGAUGCUAGAGCUGUACUGUGAGCUGCUGCUGGCUCGUGCCGGUCUGCUCGAGAGUCCGGUCUGCGACCCGGGCCUGGAAGAGGCUGUCAAGAGUCUCAUGUACGCGGCGCCCAAGACCGAGAUCAAGGAGCUGCACCAGGUCCGCGUCCUGCUGGCCGAGCGCUACGGCAAGGACUUUCUCGUCGCCGCCAUGGACAACGUCGGCGGCAAGGUCUCGCCCAAGGUCGUCCGCAAGCUCAGCGUCGUCCCGCCGCGCGACGAGCUCGUCCAGGGCUACCUCGAGGAGAUCGCCAAGGCCUACGGCGUCCGCUGGCCGCGAUCCCGAGCCGACGACGACGACGAUGCCCUGCUCGAGCCGCCGCCCGAAGCCCUGGCUCUCGAUCUGGUCGAUCUGGACAAUAUCGACAAAGACGACGACGACAAGACCGACGGCGACCAUCCCCUUGCUGCCUCUUCCGUCGCCCCGGCCACGCCCUCUCGGCCACGCCCCUCGGCCAAGGAGGCCAGGGAACAGCUAGACCUCACGCGCGCCACGCCUCCGAAAACAGCCGUCGGAAGCCUCCCGGCAGUCCUGCCGCUGCACGUCAAUCCGCCCAGCCCGUCUACCGACAACAUCCAUCCUCGCGUCACGCUCGAUUCCCAGGAGCUCAAGCCGGGUACCUCGUCCCCGAGGAUCACAGCCGCCGAUCCGGCUGCCCGACGGCUCGUCGUCAAGAAAAAAGACACUGUGGAUGACGAGCUGGCCCGCCGCUUUGCCAGCCUGAAGCGCUUCGCUGUUUUCGGCCCUUUUCGCGAGCGCGUCGUGUCGCGACUUCAACUACAAACCCUCGUCCACGUCCGUCAGCCCAAAGGAGCAGGUCCGCGAGCCGAAUCCGAGCAUUUGACCAUGGAAGAAGGUUAUAACGGCACAGCGAUAAUCCUGUCCCGGGUGACAAAUGGCAGGCCGGAGAGCAUACGACUAACUCGGCAUCGGACAGGAGACUUGGCAUACUACCGCUUUCAGGACGACAGACGCGUGGCCAGAAGCUCCAUUGUGCGCCAGUACUUUGACUUUGCUCUGGACUGGUCCGCCAAGAAACCGCAGCGCGACCGGGAUGACCAUGACCGAGAGACUUUUUCAAAGGCUGAGAACAACGAAGCGGAAGCUCGGGACAGUCUAUCUGUCCUCUGCAUAUCUGCGGAUGAAGAAAGGACAGCAGCUCCUCGAAAGAAGAAGUCGCGCCGGCGGCUCCGAAAAAAGGUCGCCAAGGCCCUCGGCAAUCUGCAGAAUAUGUCCGCCAGCCAGCUGUUCUACGAAGACGUCCAUCGAGACGGCUUCAUGAGCCAAGAGGAAGGCGAGACACGCAGUCUUCCUGCUUGGCAAACGAACGGCUCCGACGACGAUGAUUUCCACUACCAGCCGCAGAACAACGACUAG